UUUUCCCUACGAGAGGUCGUUCUCACACUUCCCAAAUCACAGAAUUGAUUUUACUUUCGUUUCUCUUUAAAUCACGUAUGCAUGGUGGAUCUUCUCUUCGAGUCUAUGGAUAUGAUAAAUUCGCGGGUGCUGCACACGCCAAUCUCAUUCCGCAUGGUGGGCAGCUGAAGAGAUGGUUGAUUGUUUUUAUAUAUUGUUGAUGGCUAAUACUCGAACUUGAGAGGCAUGUUGUACUUACGACGUAUAACGAUCGUAUGAUGUUAAAUUGAGUGAAACUGAGCGUGUUCGUGAUGUGUGAUUCGUUCUGGGAACCUGUAGCCGAAAUCUACCUCGUUGACCGUGAGAAAGCCGAUAAUGUCGAUGAUUAUUACGGUUGUGUCGUUAGCAGAGUGGUUUUAGGCUAUGUCUUUUUAUAUUUGACCCAAGCUGUGGAACUAUAUAACCAUUAUUUGUUUACUGUAAUCCUAAUUGUUUUUGCCAGCGUGAUCAGUAGAAAGAACAUGUAAAGAAGAAAAUACAGCUUAUGUAUGUUUCCACAGUUACUACAAUAAAAACAAUUCAAAAAGUUUUAUUUUUGUUACAAAACUAAAAGUUCCAAAGAGUUCAAGAGAAAAAAAUUUAUUCAAAUUGUGGAUACUAAGAGUUGUACAGUUUUAAGUUCAGAAAAUGACAGCGAAGAAGAAGCUAUUGAGAAAGAUUUUAUGGAAUGGACAUUGGAUCUCGACAAGGGAUCUAGAAUAGAGACUCAGUCUACAGAGAAGCAUGAUGAAGAACCAGUAAGCUGUUAUGGCAGUGCGUCACACACAGAUAACAAUUAUUCUACAGAUGAACAUGACUCAGUACGUGAUUCUGCUUACCGAUCCACCAUACAUGCUUCAGCCCAGAAACUGGGUUUGCACCAGUCAGACUCUGGUGCAGACCUGUCUGAAUAUCGUGACCAACAUGAGGUAAAAAACAUACAGAAUCUCUCAGCACCUCAUGGGAAUAUUUUUAAGACUACAGAGGCCGUGACUGAAAAUGACUGCAAAAACAUGGAUAUGCUGACUGAAUACAUUGAAUGUGACAAGGAAUUAAUAACACAAAGUUUAGCAACCAAUACCACAAGCAAAGCACACAACGAAGAUAACUCUUUUACGGAAUAUAAUUAUAUUCCUUACAUUAAUUCCUAUUCCGCGUAUCAUGGAAGUGAUGAAACCGAAAUGCACAAGGCGUGGUUACAUUUCUGGGCAGAAAACGGAGAACGAAUAAUCUGGACAUCAUGGAUUAAGAAAUAUGCGGAUUACAUCAAUCCUGAUUAUUUUCAGAGUAACACGGCGAAAGAAGACGAGAAGCCGCAAUAUGCAGAAGUUAAUGAACCAGCCGUAGAAAAAUUUUACGAGCAUGAUACAUGCAGCCCGAGCGAAAUGUGCAGGAACUGUGAAUUUCUACCUUCAACCUCGAGCGGAAUUUUUCAUAGAGACGAUUCAAGCGACGAUCGUAUACUCGAUGAAUUACCGCAAGAUCAGGCUAUCGGAGACGGCUGGAAUCCUCUAAGCCAACCAAGUAUAGAAGAGAACUAUAAUCAGUAUUCUAAUGCAGAAGACGAAAGAUUACUAACGAGGUGCGAUUCCAUUAAUGGUUCAAUAGCGAAAACGAAUGUUGCUUCCGAUUCCAUGACAAAUGUCACAAAAAUGACGUUAACUAGUUCCAGUUACGAUUCAUCCUCCUCCUUUUCUUCUUGCUCUUCCGCCUCAUCUCUUUCAUUGAACCUCGACAUUUUCUUCGAGAGUUCCGCACAGGAAAGCGAUACGACCAGUACUUCCGAUCCCGAAGACAAUUUUCGGGGAGAACACGAUAAAGACUGGCAGCAACUGUGGUGGGAGCACUUCGAGUUGCAGUAUCGACAACAGUAUGAACUUUUCGUAUUGAGUUAUGCGAAAGCGCACAGUGUAGAUCAGUGUAGAUCUAUGUCCGACGAAUACGAUGCCGAGGCUGAUCUAAGUGACGAUGCGAUACAAAUUAAUAAGUCUUCACCGAAUAAAGUCCGUUCCUCUAAAAAUGGUAAAAUAUCCAGGAAUAUGCGACCUUCGACAUCGUAUAAAAAUAAAACAGAAAACCUGAUUUUAAGUUCCGUGGGUGCUCUCUUGAAGAAUCUAGCAGUGGAUCCAAGCGUGUCUGCUACAUCAAGCUCGUUUGCUGAAGAAGAUCAACAAAUAGUCUCAGAGGAGCGUUCCGUGUCUUGGGUUCCCGUGUCUUCUCGAAGACGAAGCCGACAGAAAAGGGGUUCGGUCAGUUCUCAAGGCCUGAGUAAUGUCUCAUUGAUGGAAGUUUUCUUCAAAUCCGAAAGAUCUGUUAAAUGGUACGGUGAUAUUACCUUCCGUAAACGUAAUAUCAUUUGGAAAACAAUAAAGUCUGUGAGACCGAGAAGCGAGCGAUUGUCUGAGCCGUCAUCCAGCGAUACUGAGGCAAUUUUGCAAAAUAAAGUGAGACUUUAUUAUUUUAAACGCUACGCAUCGAUAUCAUUAAAGGAGAAAAACAAAAUAUAUAAUACAAAUAACUCUUUGGAUCUUAGAUCGUUACGACAUGAAGAAUUGGAACCCGUAAUUGAUAAGGCCGAUGAAUAUUCCACUACGACUAUUUGCCAAGACACAAAUACUGAUGGUGAUCCGGGCCCCAGUAAGAUGAUAAGCAAUCAACAACGUACCUGUACAUUCUCGUCUUCGUCAGAAGCGUUGGACAGCCAAUUCGAAUGGGACGAUAACGAAGAAAUUAUCACUCAUGAACUUACGGAACUAGACGUUUUCGAGGGUAACGAAAACAGCAAAGAAGAACUUUGGGAGCGCAGACGAUGCAAAAGGAUGAAAACGAUAGAUGAUACUAUGCAGCUUCCGCAGGAGAUAAAGAAUGAAAAAAAUCUCCAAAGAUAUUGGUUGAAUCGAUAUGAACUUUUUCAUAAAUACGAUGAAGGAAUUCAAUUGGAUAAAGAGAGUUGGUAUUCCGUAACUCCAGAGAGAAUCGCCAAGCAGAUAGCAAGGCGAUGUAAAUGUAAUGUCAUUGUUGAUGCAUUUUGCGGCGCAGGAGGUAAUGCUAUACAAUUUGCAUUCACGUGCAAUAAAGUGAUUGCUAUUGAUAUUGAUCCAAAGAAAAUCGAAUGUGCUCGAAAUAACGCAAAGAUCUAUGGCGUGGAAGAAAAAAUUGAGUUUAUAAUCGACGAUUUUCUCAAGGUGGCGCCAGGCUUAGAAGCCGACAUUGUAUUCCUAAGUCCACCUUGGGGUGGUCCCAAAUAUUCAGAUUCUUCAGUAUUUGAUAUCAAAACACUGCUCUCUGUAGGUGGAGAGAAGGUGUAUAAAGCAGCUCGGCGAAUAUCAACGUCUGUGGCCUACUUUCUACCUAAGAAUGUAAAUAUUAAACAGGUGAGAAUGCUUGCCAGGAGGGGACAUGGCAUCGAAACGGAACAAUAUUUCGAGGAAAAUAAAGCAAUCGCAGUAACUUGUUACUAUGGUGGAUUGGUUGCAAAAACAGAAAGCUUGGAAAGUACAGAACAAAUCUAAUAAUAUCUAAAAUUUAAAAAGCAAAAGAACAGAAAUUACAAAUACAACAUAAGUCUUUCCUCCAAGAUAAAAAAAAAUGUAAUAAUAUAAUAAUGUAAUAAUAUAACAAUGAAAUUUUAAUAAAUAAAUGAAAAAGGAUA